AUGGGACCCCAGAGCGACCUCGUGGAGCGUGUGGUGCGCAUGCAGCUGACAAGCCCUGGAUUUGCCGAGUACUGCGUGGCCCACGUGACGGAUCCCAAGCACAGAUUUCUCUUUGCGCAGGACGACGACAGCGCGGAGCGGCGCCUGUACGUCAGACUGUUGGGGCAACUAGGCGGCCAGGCGGCGGCGGCCCCGGCCGCUGCGUCAGGCGCGUCGGGCACGGCAGGGCCCGGCCAAGCCUCGGCGCUGUGGCUGUCGCUGCUUGACUGCUUCUCCUCGACGCGUGGGGUGCGUGGGCCGCACAUGCCGCACAUGUUCCGCACGGAGGGCGACCUCGCCGCCUUUCUGGACAUGCUGGACAGCGCCAACCGCGAUGGCGCCGCAAUCGAGGGAGUCGUGCUGUUCAUGCUGCGGCGCCUCCCCAUGACGGAGGCGUUCCUGUACGUCCUCUGGUACCUCUGCGACGCACGUGUGCACGAGGCGCGGAAGGAGAGGCGACACCGCGGCGAGGCCCACGACGCAAACGCCGUGGAUGCCGCCGCAGAGGACACGACGCUGCAGGCGGCCGGGACGCUGCUGUUUAUCGCCAACAUGCUGCUGCUGAAGCACGAGGGGUUGGAGUCGCCGGUGCGGUACAUAUCCGUGUUUGAGGCCUACAUGCAACGGAUGGUGGAGGCGCUGGCGGGAGCGGCGCCGCGGGACUCACCGGUCGCCGCAUUUGUGCGCGAGACGGUGGCGGUGUGGUGCGACGGCGGCGUCUUUGCCGAGGAGACGCUGCUGCGCAUGAAGCGAGCCCUCGGGCCCGCCUCAGGGUGA